AUUUAUUUAAUGCACCAUUCGAUUAUUACCAUUCCUCAACAUGGAAAUGGUCGUUUGUAUAAGACAUCUAUUUGUAGGCAUUAUGAAUAUGGAAAUUGUUCUAUUGGUACCAAAUGCUAAUUUGCUCAUGGCUUAGAUGAAUUAAGAAAUCCAGAUGGUUAUAUAUAGAUUUAUUCUAGAUCCAAUACCUAUUCAUAUACCUACUCUUGAUAGCAAUAUCGUUAUCACAAACUACAAAAGUAACUUUAUUAUAAAUUUAAGCUGUUUUAUGUAAAUAUGAUUAGUAAGGAUUUUGUAAAAAUGGUACUGAUUGUCCAUAUGCUCAUGGCCAAAAUGAUAAAAAAUAAGCUCGAAUAGCUCCAUUACAUCUUAGAAAAUCUUUUGAUAAUAAAGAAAAUAAUGAUGAUAAAGGUGUUGAAUUGUUUUUAUCAGAACUAAUUACUCGACUCAUUAACGAUGUAUCGUAUCAAAAUGAUGAGGUUUGAUAUUAACUAUUCUUAGCCUGCUUUGAAUACAUUUAGAAAAAUAUAAUUAUUAAUUGAGGAAAAAAAUCAUAGAUUAGCAACUGAAGCACUUUGCUUAGUGCUUUCAUCUAAUUAAAGAUCAAAAUAAUAAUAGUUGGCCUACGAAUAAAUUUAUAAUAGUUUAGUUUAAUGAAUUUAAAAU